GUUUCCAUUAAGAAUAUUGAAAGAGAACUCAUUUGCCCAGCAUGCAAAGAGCUGUUUACCCACCCAUUGAUUCUCCCUUGUCAACAUAGUAUCUGUCAUAAAUGUGUAAAAGAACUCUUACUGACACUUGAUGAUUCAUUCAAUGAUGUGGGAUCAGACAACUCCAACCAGAGCAGCCCUCGGCUCCGGCUCUCAUCGCCCAGCAUGGAUAAAAUUGACAGAAUUAACAGACCAGGUUGGAAGCGCAGUUCAUUGACCCCCAGGACAACUACUUUUCCUUGCCCUGGCUGUGAGCAUGAUGUGGAUCUUGGAGAACGAGGGAUCAACGGUCUGUUUAGAAAUUUCACUUUGGAAACUAUUGUCGAGAGGUACAGACAGGCAGCUAGGGCAGCCACAGCCAUCAUGUGUGACCUGUGUAAGCCACCACCUCAGGAGUCCACGAAAAGUUGCAUGGACUGCAGUGCAAGCUAUUGCAAUGAAUGCUUCAAAAUUUAUCACCCAUGGGGUACUGUCAAGGCUCAGCAUGAGUAUGUGGGGCCAACCACUAAUUUUAGACCCAAGAUCUUAAUGUGCCCAGAGCAUGAGACGGAGAGAAUAAACAUGUACUGUGAGUUGUGCAGGCGGCCAGUGUGUCACCUGUGUAAGCUGGGUGGCAAUCACUCCAAUCACCGUGUCACCACCAUGAGCAGUGCCUACAAAACCUUAAAGGAAAAGCUUUCAAAGGAUAUUGAUUACCUUAUUGGGAAGGAGAGCCAGGUUAAGAGUCAGAUUUCUGAACUGAACUUGUUAAUGAAAGAAACAGAGUGUAAUGGAGAGAGGGCCAAAGAAGAAGCGAUUACACACUUCGAAAAGCUCUUUGAAAUUCUAGAAGAGAGGAAAUCAUCUGUUUUGAAGGCAAUCGAUGCUUCUAAGAAACUAAGAUUAGACAAAUUUCAGACUCAAAUGGAAGAAUAUCAGGGGCUUCUAGAAAACAACGGACUUGUAGGAUAUGCUCAAGAAGUGCUUAAGGAGACAGACCAGUCUUGCUUUGUACAGACGGCAAAACAACUCCACCUCAGAAUACAGAAAGCUACGGAAUCCUUGAAGAGCUUUAGACCUGCAGCUCAGACUUCGUUUGAAGAUUACGUUGUCAAUACAUCUAAACAAACAGAACUUCUUGGAGAAUUGUCCUUCUUCUGUAGUGGCAUAGAUGUGCCCGAGAUCAAUGAGGAACAGAGCAAAGUUUAUAACAAUGCCUUGAUAAACUGGCACCAUCCAGAAAAGGAAAACGCUGAUAGCUAUGUUCUUGAAUACCGGAAGAUUAACAGAGAUGACGAAAUGUCAUGGAAUGAGAUACAAGUGUGUGGCACAAGUAAAGUCGUUUCAGAUCUUGAAAACAAUUGUAACUACGCUUUCAGAGUGAGAGCCUACAGGGGUUCAAUCUGUAGUCCUUGCAGCAGAGAACUGAUUCUCCAUACUCCUCCAGCUCCAGUUUUCAGCUUCCUGUUUGAUGAAAAGUGUGGCUAUAACAAUGAACACCUCUUGCUGAACUUGAAGAGGGACCGGGUAGAGAGCAGAGCUGGAUUUAAUCUUCUUCUUGCUGCAGAACGGAUCCACGUGGGUUAUUACACAAGCUUAGACUAUAUCAUCGGAGAUGUUGGCAUUACAAAAGGGAAGCACUUUUGGGCCUUCCGUGUGGAACCAUAUUCUUACUUGGUAAAAGCUGGAGUUGCUUCCAGUGAUAAACUACAAGAAUGGCUCCGUUCUCCCCGGGAUGCAGUUAGCCCAAGAUAUGAGCAAGACAGUGGGCACGACAGCGGAAGUGAAGAUGCCAGUUUUGAUUCUUCACAGCCCUUUACGUUAGUUACUAUAGGCAUGAAGAAAUUCUUUAUACCCAAGUCACCUACCUCUUCCAAUGAACCUGAAAGUAGAGUUCUUCCCAUGCCAGCAAGUAUUGGGGUCUUCCUUGACUAUGACAAAGGCAGAGUGAGUUUUUACGACGCAGAUCACAUGAAAUGCCUCUACGAGCGCCAGGUGGACUGUGCCCACACAAUGUACCCAGCAUUCGCAUUAAUGGGCAGUGGAGGGAUUCAGCUGGAAGAACCCAUCACGGCGAAGUACCUGGAAUACCACGAGGACAUGUAGUUUAAAUCUCUAAUGUGACUUAGGGUAAAGGGGAGCAAAAAACCAUGCCUUGGUGUUAAAGCUUCAUAACUGAUUACACGUGGUCUUGUACUCUGUCACCACACUUGUCUUCUGUGGGUGAUUCUUGAAACAGAACCAGAACAGCCUCGCCCCUCCCUGUCGCCGUUCUGCCUCUUACAAACGAUGGGAGCGAGGAUGCUCUUUCCAGGUUACACUGCAGUGCUUAACCUGGGCUCUUUCCUUUCUGCACGGGAAAUCUCACUGAUUUAUGUCAGCUGGUACUGCUGAGUCGUACAUGGCUUUUUUCAGG